UAUCUUUUCUCUCGCGCUUGUAACGGUUCUCAUCAGCUGUCAAUACGGACCUGAACUAAAAGCCUGCGCAGCAACCUUUAAAAAUAACUAAAAACAAUGACAGACGGAGCAAAAUCAGAGACAACACUCCGGAACAAAAAGCAGCGUUAGCAGACUUUUAGUCCGGUAAACAUCAGCGUCGGAGGAAGCCAUGCCAGUGGAGAGUGGGAGCAGUGGCGCCGCCCGUCAGGCCAAGCAGAAGAGGAAGUCUCACAGCCUCUCCAUCCGCAGGACCAACAGCACAGAGCAGGAGCGCUCUGGUCUGCAGAGAGACCUGCUGGAAGGACAGGACACCAAACUGCCUCUGUCACUGAGGACCAAUCUGUUGGACCUGUUCAGUCAGAUCGAGAGAGAGUUUGAAAACCUCUACUUGGAAAACAUUGAAUUGCGCAGGGAAAUCGAGUCCCUGAAUGAUCGUUUGGCUGCAGAUGGACAAACAGUGGAAGGAGCAGAUUUAGCUAAAGGAGCUCUUAAAACAAAAGCAAGUCACAGCACCAGUCAGCUGUCUCAGAAGCUGAAAACAACCUACAAGGCCUCUACAAGCAAGAUUGUGUCCAGUUUCAAAGCGACCACAACCAGAGCAGUUUGCCAGCUGGUCAAGGAGUAUGUCGGCCACAGGGACGGCAUCUGGGACCUCAGCAUCACCAGGACCCAGCCUGUGGUCCUGGGUACCGCCUCUGCUGACCACACUGCGAUGCUGUGGAGCAUUGAGACCGGGAAGUGCCUCCUCAAAUACCUGGGCCACCAAGGAUCGGUUAACUCCAUUAAGUUCCACCCCACUGAGCAGAUGGCUCUAACAGCCUCUGGAGAUCAGACGGCGCACAUCUGGAGAUACAUGGUGCAGCUCCCUACUCCCCAGCCUGUUGCUGAUACCGCUACGCCCUGUGAAGACGAUGUGGACUUCUCAGAUAAAGACGACGCAGACGGUGAGGUUGAGGGACCCAACGACUGCCCAUCGGUUCGCGUACCGACCACGACGCUCCGCAGCCAUCAGGGGGUGGUGAUCGCUGCUGAUUGGCUAGUGGGAGGCAAACAGGUGGUGACGGCCUCCUGGGACCGAGCUGCUAACCUCUAUGAUGUGGAAACUUCAGAGUUGGUCCACUCGCUCACUGGUCAUGAUCAAGAGCUGACCCACUGCUGCACCCACCCCAACCAGCGCCUGGUGGUGACCUCAUCCAGGGACACCACCUUUAGGCUGUGGGACUUCAGAGACCCGUCCAUCCACUCUGUCAAUGUCUUCCAGGGACACACAGACACUGUGACGUCUGCCGUCUUCACUGUGGGAGAUAACGUGGUGUCAGGCAGCGAUGACCGCACCGUCAAAGUGUGGGACCUGAAGAACAUGAGGUCGCCCAUAGCAACCAUCCGCACAGACUCUGCUGUCAACAGGAUCAGCGUGUCUGUGAACCAGAAAAUUAUCGCCCUUCCCCACGACAAUCGGCAGGUCCGACUGUUUGACAUGUCCGGAGUGCGACUGGCUCGACUCCCACGGAGCAACAGACAGGGUCAUCGUCGGAUGGUUUGCUGCUCCGCCUGGUGCGAGGACAAUUCCACCUGCAACCUGUUCACCUGUGGCUUCGACAGGCAGGCCAUCGGCUGGAACAUCAACAUCCCGGCUCUGCUGCAAGAGAAAUGAUCUCCUCCUCUUUCUUCUUCUUCUUUCCAUUGUUAGCAGUGAAAUCUCACCCACAGCGUGCGUUGGUGUCUUGUUGGUCUUAAAGACGGAUGUAAGCAGUUUAGUUUAGAUGUUUAGUGACUCAUGGCUGACAGGAUGGAGUCUGUUUGAUUAAAAAGAAAUGAAGUCCUCAGAGACUUUUCACAAGCUGAGGGGCUUUAUAAGCAUCAGUCUCACUUUUUUUCACUGUAAGGAACAAAAGCAAACCUCUGAACCACUCACUGAUGAAAGCACAAACAUGUAGAGAUGCUCCUUCUUCCUGAAGGUUAACGCAGGACACAUUAGUCUGAAGCUCAACGUUUAGAUUCUCUGUGCUGCUUGUAUCUGCUUCCUGCUGCAAACACCAAAUCUAAUGUGUGCCACUAACAGCAGAUUAAAGGAAACAUCUG